GUCGUUCUAGAGCAUUGGGCACAAAGGAUUUCUUCUAGUCUGGCUAGUCAUCUUGCCGACACCUUCACUGCAGCUAUCCUUGCUAUCCUGGAAUCGCCAAAACUGGACUUGCGCCUCAUCGACCUAACUGGCCCAACGAGCCUGUCGCAAAUUCACCGCUGGAAUGCCAGACCUUACCCGAUCAAUGAUGUAUGCAUCCACCAUGCGUUCGAGGCGCAGGCGCGCCGAUACCCGAACGCCGAAGCGGUGUGCUCUUUUGACGGGGCGCUGUCUUAUGCGGAGCUGGACACUCUGGCUUCUAAUCUAGCUGGCGAACUUAUCGCACAUGGCGUCACCCGUGGGGUACUAGUCCCGUUCAUCUUGUCCAAGUCAUAUCGGGCUGUCGUCGGCAUCCUUGCCAUUCUGAAAGCUGGGGGUGCUGGGGUGCCUCUUGAUUCUCGAGCUCCUCACCACAGGUUACAAACUAUCGUAUCGGAUACGAAAGCCCGUGUGAUCUUAUGUUCAUCUGAGUUUCAACAUUCUGCAUCCGCCAUCGUAUCUGCUGUGGUCGUGGUUGACGCUGUCUUGGCCGUUCGGGAACAUCUGCGCAGUCACCAGCUGCAGGAUCCUUCACGACCUUCAGAUCCAGCAUUUGUUAUUUUCACAUCAGGCUCCACAGGUACCCCGAAAGGAUCUAUUCUCGAGCAUGGGUCUCUGAGUACAUCUGCCCUUCCAUUGCAACCCGUGUUGAACAUGCACUCUGGGUCACGUGUCUUACACUUUGCUUCCUACACCUUUGAUGUCAGUAUCGAAGAGGUAUGCUUUACACUCAUGCAUGGUGCCUGUAUCUGUGUCGUCUCAGAAGCAGAGAGAAUGGACGACUUAGGAAGUGCCAUGAGACGGCUUGGGGUGACAUGGGCAGAACUCACACCCACUGUGGCUGCGAUGAUCUCUCCCGGAGACGUGCCCUGUCUGCAAACCCUGGUGGUCGGUGGGGAGAUCCCAUCACAGUCCGUGAUUACUUCGUGGGCUUUGAAAGUUCAACUCAUCAAUACAUACGGCCCUUCCGAGUGCUCUGUCACCUGCACUGCAACCGAUCCGUUGACUCCGAAAGCUCAUGGAGCCCAUGUCGGAUUUCCUGUUGGUUGCCGCGCCUGGAUUGUCAAUCUACAGACUUCUAGCGGCCUGGUUCCUGUAGGCGCCGUCGGCGAGUUGGUCGUUGAGGGCCGAAUAGUAGCUCGUGGCUACCUUAACAAUCCAGCAUUGAGCAAAGCAAGGUUUCUUUCAUCGGCACCCUGGCUUCCUGACGAUGCGGCUGGGCCUUCUUCAUUGUACCUCACUGGAGAUCUGGUUCGAUAUAGUGAUGAUGGAUCUCUCACAUUUGUGGGCCGCCGCGAUGGGCAAGCCAAACUCCAUGGCCAGCGCCUGGAAGGCCCUUGUUGCAUUUUUGGCUCUGCGUAUCGGUGA